AUGAAGCCAACUACCUACCUUGCUGCCAUCCUUGGACUUGCCACGACUACUAUUGCUAGUCCUAUUGAGGGCUCUUCUGCCAUUCAAGCAAGAGAUCUUAUCAGUGCAACUGUCACUUGCACCUCCGGUAUUACAUCCGCAGGCAAUGGACCAGCACUUUAUAACUUGAUUUGUACCAAAAUAUAUGGUUGCCAGGACUCGUUGGCUCCUCAGGAGCUCGGUGGCGAGUAUGUUGGAGCCUGCUUCGACUGCCCUGCGGGAGUCAAUCGAAACAAGGUUGGCGACUGCGUUUACGCAGAGAAUGCCUAG